AUGGCGUCCAGGGUGUUGAAAGGUGCGCUUGUGUGUUCUGGGUCUACCCCGGGGUCUCCUACCAGCUGGACAUGCCCAGAAAACCUCCAAAAGGAGGCACCCAGGAGGAUCCGAUCAGAUCUGCUGGCUCCUUUCGGCGUGAAGGAGCAGCGGCGCUCCUCCGAGCUCCCUCCGGAUGAUCAGUCUGCAGACAUGAAACCCGUGAACGCCGAGCGAAACAGCCCGCUCUCAUUAGGAGCUGGAGAACAGCUGCACAUUAGAUGCCCUCGGACUUUCCCCAUGAAUCCUGCUCACCUGUGGCUCGUUCCGCAAUCACCCCGUCAGUACAUAUACCAACCCCUUUUCCCCAGUCAGGGUCCAGAUGGUCAGUGUUGUGCCUGUGCUUUGCAGCCUCUGAAACCUGCACCUUCAUCUGCCUGCCUGAACCUCUUACCUGUCCCAUUCCCGUUCACCUGUGGAUUCUCACUUACAUCGGUUCAGCCCGUCUGGAUGUGUCAGCAGCUGAGAGUUACAAGUGAAAAAUCAUGCAGAAAAGGGCGAGACAGCUGUUGUAGCACAGUGUCUAAUGAGAUGCCACAGAUGACAGCGAAGUGGGGCCCAGCCAGCUCAGACAGCUCGUUGUUUAUCUGCCCGGCUGCAGCUUCACUGCUCUGGUUCCCUCUCAGCUCUCAGAGCGUCGUUUCCAGAGAAAAAGCCGCUGAACGCUACCUGCUCAGCUGCAGACAGCAGACAGACGCAGUCAGAGUCCAGCUGCUGAACAUAGCGGAGCAUCUAGCAGCUAAAGAGCCAGAUGUUUCCCUCAGGAGACCAAACACAGAGCUGACGGAGAGAAGACCGGACUGACGUCCAUCAGGAGACACAAACACGACACUAGAUUAAUGAUAAUGUAGAUCCGUACCUGCUAUAUAUGUAAAAAAGCUUGCUAACAUGUUCGUCAUAUCAACUUCAGGGUUGUGCUAGCAGCUGGUUUCUACUGCCCCCAGGUGGCCACCAAAUCAGUGCUUGCAGGUUUAAGUAAAUACUGAUGUGUUGAAUCCUGUUUUAUACAGUCUGUGGUUAAAUCAUCAUUUAUUCCCGAAACUUCCCUUUGUUCUUCCAGAGGGUUUUGAGGGAAGGGUUAAAAUCUGUUUGUUACGAAUGCUACUAGUGAAGAUGUGAUCUGAAAAAAGUUUGGGAACUUUAUUUACACUGAGGCUCCAAAAGCCCACUUUUAUAAAGAAGUAGAGUCCCGUAAUGAGCCUGUUAAUGCAGUAAGGUUAUUCAGUCCAUUAGACUUACAUGCCAGACAUUCUCUAAUAAUUAUCUGUACUUCUCCCACCUUCCUUAUUAGAAACCUACAUGCAUACAAAAUCCCACCCGCCCCCCAAAAUACUCUGGCAAUGUCGUCCAGAAAUAGUCCGGCUCAUAACCUCCUGUAAACCUCCUGUGUGUUAAUCAGUGCGCUUCACAGCUGCUGGUACGUUUAUUUUGUUACCUUUGGACAGAGCCAGGCUAGCUGUUUCCCCCUGUUUCCAGUCUUUAUGCUAAGCUAAGCUAACCGGCUGCUGGCUAUAGCUUCAUAUUUAGCUUGGAGACAUGAGAGGAUCAAUCUGAACAUCUUUCGACUAGAAAGCCAACUUCUUCUUUAAGCACUACUACUGGUACCAUUACUGCUGCUGCUGCUGUCGCCAGCGGGGGAAAGUAACAGAUUACAUUCACUCAAGUACUGAAAAACAAAUUUGAGGUACUUGUACUUUACUUAAGUAUUUUCUUUCUACUUCCACUCCGCCACAUCUCAGAGGGAAACGUUGGACUUUUGA